AUGAAGGGUUCCACUUCCAUCUUAGUCCUUUUGUUCAUCUUCUUAUUUGUUAUGAGUGUUCAUGCUUCACAAACAAGUGAUACUAAUCUUCGAUCAGUGGCUAGUCAGGGCAGUAAUAGCAAUGAGAUAAUGACAUACAUUAUUCACUUGACCAAACCUGAGUGCAGGACCUUUCUUGGCUAUGAAGAGUUGGAGAGUUGGCACAGAUCUUUCCUUCCAAAAAUGACAUUGGACUCCGGUGAGCCCCGGCUAGUGUACUCCUAUUUCGAAGUGAUGACUGGAUUCACGGCAAGGUUAACACUUGAGGAAGUUGAAGCCAUGCAACGCAUGGAUGGCUUCCUAUAUGCAAAGCUGGAUGUUAUGAGAUCAGAACUCGAUACCACUUACACCCCUCAAUAUUUGGGGUUAAGUGAUCCAUCAACUGGAAUAUGGUACACGGAAUCCAACAUGGGAGAAGGCAUCGUAAUCGGAGUGAUAGACUCAGGUAUCCCACGGAACCACCCAUCAUUUUCUGAUGAUCAAAUGCUUCCAAAACCGGUCAACUGGAAUGGCACAUGCAACUUCGCCAACUUCUCUUGUAACAAUAAGAUCAUUGGUGGUGUGACAUUUGCAAACGGGAGCAAAAUGAAUAGUGCACUAGUGGACACAGGUGGACAUGGGACCCAUGUGGCAAGCAUAGCCGCCGGGAAUUUUGUGAAGAAUGCAAUGGUUGUUGGCAAAUUCAAUUACACUGCCUCUGGGAUGGCGCCCAGAGCUCACCUAUCCAUCUACAAGACGUUCUAUUCCCGUGCUGAUAGUCUAAAAUGUUAUGAUCAGGCAAUGAUUGAUGGAGUGAAUAUCAUCAAUUACUCUAUAGGUUCCAAUCCAACCGAUAACUUCUAUGAUGAUACAGCUGCCUUCUCUGCAUAUAAGGCCACCGAGAAGGGUAUUUCUGUCUCCGUCUCCGUUGGUAACAGGGGAAACCCAAAAUCCCUAAGUCACUCUGCACCUUGGCUGACAGUGGUUGGAGCAAGCUGGCUGGAUAGAAGGCUUGCAGCAAAAGUCAUGCUUGGCAACACUAAUAAGUUCAUUGGAGAAACUGGGUUUUACCAGCCAACUCAAUUCAACUCUUCCAUCUUUCGUCCUAUUGUGUACCCUGGAGUCAACAACCAAAGAGAAACUUUAGGUUGCUGGAAUGGAUCUUUGAACAACAUCAAUGUGAAGGAUAAGAUAGUGUUGUGCUGGGCCGGCAAUGACAACAUCGGCAAAGGACGUGUGGUUCUUGCCGCCGGUGGCGCCGCCAUGAUUCUCAUGGUAUUGCAUGUCACCUCCAAUGAUGCCAACAAUAUUUUGAAUUACUAUAACUCUCCUGGAGGAUCACCUCCCAACGCUAGCAUAAUAUUCAAUGGGCAAGUGUCCGGCCGUCGCCCUGCUCCAGCCAUCACUCCAACUUCCUCCAGAGGUCCUAGUUUAACGAACGGUGGUAUUUUGAAGCCGGAUGUCAUCGCGCCAGGCUAUGAAAUCCUUGCAGCAUCCAUUGUCAAAGGCAGUCCCUUUAAUACCUAUUUCAAGUAUGACAAACUUAGAUAUCUUAUUUGA